AUACAUUGUAAUGUAUCAUUUUUUGGUGAAUGUACAUUUCAGAAGGUUCGAUCGUUAAAUGAUGAGGUUGCUUUGCGCUGUACUACUCCUACAAACAUUGUCUUUGUUAUGGGGUUUUCGUUUUAACUUUAUGGGUAAUCCAAGUGUAGCUAAAUUAGAUUCUUCAUAUUGUAAACAUAUAGCAAAUAGUGGCGUGGUUACCAGCGAUGAUUGUGCAACAUCAAUUGAUUGUAGAGGGACUGCACGUGUUUUUUCCUGUCGACAUAGGAAUGAUUUACAGCUGUCUGGUUCAUCGUGUGUAAUGACCACCAGCUCUGAAUGUACAAGGAAGUUACAAGAAAGACAACAGGCAUGUUCCAUGAGGAAAUCGGGCAUACUUCCCGAUUCUAAAUUUUGUCAUUUGUAUUACGAUUGUUCUGAUGCUGCUAAAUCGAAGAUUUGUCAGUAUCCUAAACUAUUCUCAACAAAGACAAACACAUGUCGAGACUUCAAGAAUGUCAAGUGUGGAUCCAGGAUAGAGUUUAAAUCUUACUGUCAAUAUCAUUCUCAUCCUGGCGCUGGAAAUUUUGGCCCACCUUGUGAGUUGCAUCAUCCAAAUUGUGAAGGAUAUCCAGAUGGUGCCAAUCCUCACACAGAGAAAACUGGAGCAGGCUCUCCUUGGUACAUGCUUUGCAAGGGCGAAAGAUUUAUAAAGGACGGAAUCUGUCCAAACGCUAGAUAUGGUUUCAACAAAAAGACAUGUCAGGUCGUUGAAUGUAACCGGAAGAUACAUAAGUACUACCCUACUCAAUGGUGCAGGAGUUAUAUCUGGUGUUAUUAUGGGAGACAAUUUAGAUACAACUGUCCUGUCGGCACAGUGUUUGAGUACAAAUUGCAGAGUUGUCAACAUGUGUACGAUGUGUGUAAACCUUGUGGAACUAAAUCAUGCUGAUGUAGCCAAGAAGAAGCAGAACAAAAUAUUGAUCAAACUUUGCUGAGAAAAAAGUUUCUGUAUAACUUACGUUUCUACUACCAGAUAUUAACAAAUUCGGCAAAACUGUCAACUUUAAAUAUAUUCAUCUUUAUUUUAGAUAAAACAUAAUUAUUCAUAGGUUCAGAAAAGAUAUUUAUGUACAAAAUUUACAAUAAAAAAAUGCCAUAUAUAUGUAUGAAAUACAAUUUUAUCCAGGAUCACAUACAUCUUUCUUGACAUUCUUUAUGAAUAGUUGAUUAAUGUAAUAUUGAUUUGGUUUUUGGUGUCAUAAUCUUUCUGUGUUUAAUAAUAUUUGCAUGUCGAAAUAAAAAUUUGACACACAAA